GAAUGAAAUUUGCUGUCGUUACAGGCUUCUAGAUAAAUGUUCCAGAAAAAUGAUUUAAACCCAGGAAUAGAAAAAUCUUGUCCAUGCUAGAAUCCUCCACAACUCCAACUAUUAAUAUCCAUUUCAGGUCCCCUACAUUCUCAGACAAGCAAAGCUUAGAUCGACAGCUUUUAAGAUAACUCCUUUCAAGGUUUCUUCAUAUAUUGCUCUUAUCUUGCUUCUGAAAAUGUCUCUGAUUCCAAGCUUCUUCGGCAACCGACGCAGCAACGUGUUCGACCCAUUCUCACUUGAUGUUUGGGACCCAUUCAGGGCUGUCUCUACGACACGGACGCCGGAAACCUCUGCCUUUUUCGACACCCGGAUCGACUGGAAGGAAACCCCGGAAGCCCACGUGUUCAGGGCCGAUGUGCCGGGGCUUAAGAAAGAAGAAGUGAAAGUGGAAGUGGAAGAUGAUCGGGUGUUGCAGAUAAGUGGGGAGAGGAACGUGGAGAAGGAAGACAAGAAUGAUACGUGGCACCGGGUUGAACGGAGCAGCGGCAAGUUCAUGAGGAGGUUCAGGUUGCCUGAGAAUGCCAAGAUGGAUCAGGUUAAGGCUUCCAUGGAGAAUGGGGUGCUUACUGUCACUGUACCCAAGCUGGAAGUUAAAAAGCCUAAUGUUAAGGCUGUUGAGAUUUCUGGCUAAAAAUUUGCAACUUUUGAACCAGUUUACUUGAAAUUGUAUGUUUGAAGCUUGAAAUAAGUGACUUUUAUGUAUGAAUGUGGGAUUAAGUUGUGCAACUUGACCUGCAGUGAAUAAAACCAUCUUGUUAAUUCAUAA